GGUCUUUGUUUUGUUUUGUUUCGGAGAUGGUUGCUGGAACCUGGACAAUGUUCUGGGAGGGUUCACAGAGACUUCUUCAAACUGCAGCCAUCUUCUCCAACCAUCUCGCACAAGCGAUGCUUUGCACAGCCUUGGCAACCUAAGACCAUCCAAACAGAGCAAAACCAAUUGUGAAGUGCUCAGACAGUGCUACACAAUGCUACACAAUUCUUGAUGCUGUCUGUCUUCUGAUGCUAAAAUCAGGAUGUGAUUGCUUCUUUUAAUUUCUUCUGCUGUUUCAGAUGUAGUUGGUUGUGUAGUUUUUAUUUUUUAUUUAUGUGAGAGGUCUAUGUGCAGCCAUGCCUAAAAGAAAGACAUUCUUUAAGCCGGAAUGAUCCAGAGUGUACAAAUGUUUCUCCAAAAGCAAAAAAGGAGAGCACCAUCCAUUUUGCAGCCUUUGUGACAUACCUGUAGGUGUAAGCCAUAAGGGCCCAAGAGGCCUGAGACAACACACCCUCACCGAGAAACACAAGGCAUACAUGUCAUGCAACUACAUCUUCCAAUCUCAAAGGUGUUUUUAAAAAAAACUUAUAUCAGCACAUCAAGACAAAGUUCUUGCUGCAGAACUAUGCAAGGUCUACCAUGGGGUCACACAUCAUCACUCCUAUAACAUCAUGGACUGUGGCAUGAAGCUUGAUAGAAAAACUUUUGAGGAAUCAUCCAUGGCAAAAGAUAUGGCUUGCGGUAGAAUGAAAGCAAAAGAGUUCUAGCACCUUUUUCUGUCCAAAAACAUUUGAAUCACAUUAAGGCCGAUGAACUUUAUUUCUCCUUGGCAAACAGAUGCCUCAAACAGGGGCAACAAAGUGCUUUCCAUUAGUCUUAAGGUACUGUGAUAAGAAGGGAAUUCAGGACUGCCUCUUGGACUUCUAUAGUGACGGUUACGAAACAUCUCGAGCUGUCACCACAGAGAUAUUUUAAAAAUGCCGUGCUUUUGAUUUAAAUGUGGAAAAGAUGUCAGCCUAUGUGGCUGAUAAUGCCAGCGUAAACACAACUGUGUGUACCAAAAACUAAAAGAUGCCAAAUAGGAUCUUAUAGCUGCAAACUGCUUAGCACACGUUUUCCAUAAUGCCUCAAAAGCAUGCCACAGAAACCCUUGAAUUGGAUGUGGAAUCGAUGAUAAUAAAGGUCUAUUCACAUUUUGGUAUUUUAGCUAGCAGAACAGAGCAAUUAAUGGAAAAGUUGCAUCUCUUAAGACACGUGACCACUAGAUGGUCAUCUCUUUUGCCAGCAAUUAAUAGACUGCUGAUGUGCUGGAAACCCCUCUCUAGCUAUUUUCAAAGCCAAAAGAAAAAGGAUUGUCCAAAAGUCCGGAGAAAAAUUUUUUUGUUAGGGUACAAAAUAGGGAUUGAAAAUGAUGUGCCAGAGGUAUCUAUUUUAUUUCUCAGCCACACUCUAAAACUGUUCACAGAGUACAUUGAUACUCUUGAGCAGAAGCAUUUUAGUAUUUCUGUUUAUGGACUUAUGGCUGAUCUCUACAGGAAGCUGGAAAGCAGGAGUCGAGGCACAACAGAUGCCAGACUGAGCACAUUUACUCAGGAUGUUUCAGACAAGUGUGUUAAAGACUUUCUGGGUUCCUAUGAAAGAGCACAGAGGUAUUUGAGUGACAAGUAUGACUUCUCUGAUGAAAGCUUCCAUAGCAAAAUCACAACCGUAGCUCUUCACAAGCCAGUCGUUGUUAAUGCCUGCAGCUUGAAAGAAGUGGACAAGAAUGAGCUGUAUGAAGAGUACUGCAGUGUAGGAAGCCUCCCAUUGUCCAGUGAGUUAGAGAAAUGCAACAGUGCUGAGAGAUACUGCAUGAUUUUCAGUAGAGCACAGAGUUCCUUCAAGCACUCAAAAAAGAUGGCCUCUUAUGUAUUCUUGAUACCAUGCAGCAAUGCUCACACUGAAACAGUUUUCUCCCUAAUGGCUACUGCUUGGAGAAAUGAAAGAAAUAGGCUGGAGGAAGACACCGGGAAAACAGAGUGCCAGGUGUGCACCAAUUUAACAGCAGAAUGCAAGGAUAUGUACACAGCGUUUCUAAGCAACAGAACACUACUGAGGGCUGCAAAGAAUGGACCGAAGUACAAACAGCAGUAACUUCCUUGCAAGGAAAUGGGAUGAGAGCAAGGUGGCCAGAUGAAAAGGAAGACAGGGCUUUUGUACCCUGACGAGAUGUACUGUAUAAAAGACGAAAUUUCAGCUGAUGCAGCUUGUCUUGCAGGGGAAAGAACAGCUACAGCUGCUGGAGCUAAUGGGAGGAGAGCUGGCCUUGUGGUAACAAACACGAAUCGCCCCUUUUGCCAAGAAGGGUCCACCCUGGUUUGCAUUUGAAUGGGAGACUAAUGUGAGCACUGUAAGAUAUUCCCCUUAGGGGAUGGAGCCGCUCUGGGAAGAGCACCUGCGUGCUUGCACGCAGAUGGUUCCAAGUCCCCUCCCUGGCAUCUCCAAGAUAGGGCUGAGAGAGAUUCCUGUCUGCAACCUUGAGGAAGACACUGCCAGUCUGUCUAGAUAAUACUGAGCUAGAUUGAGCAGUGGUCUGACUCAGUAUAAGGCAGCUGCCUAUGUUCUUAUGGAUUCCUGUUUCUGUGCAUCUAGCAAAGGGAUUCAU